AUGUCGAAUCCUAUUGGAGUACAAGCAGAUAUCACUAACAUCCCCGGUGCGCUGACUGCAUUGACUUCCAUAACACCACUCGUUCGCGCUCUCUCUGCCGACGGUGUCAAUCCUCUGUCAGUCGUCCAACUUGAGGAGAUUGGUUCCAGAUUUCCCAUGAGUGGGCCACUGGCGGAAAGAACUAUGGACGCUCUCACGAGGAGGGGGUCAGCCUUGACGCUUUGGAGGGCCCGGGUGUCCGUCGGUUGGAUGAGGGGAAAUACUCUUUGGGCAUUAUCGCAGACGGCUGGGGGUCAAGCUUCAGCACUCUUGAUAGUCUGCCUUUUCGAGCUGUGCCGUAGUAAUAUGACCGGCCAUAUCCUAUUCAAACUCUCCGACGCCAUUCUGCCCCGAGACCGUCGUCUCUCGAGUAUGAGUCAACUCUCGGAUCUUGCAGAGAUUGUAUCAAGUAAAAUGCAAGCCGUACGCUUUGGACAGCAUUUCGCAGAGCAGGUGACUCGGAUUCGAAUGACAUACUUUAAUUCGAAUGUCAAUGUCCCUUGUCCAGAUAUGGCUUCUCUUUUGGACAGAAUAGAGGUCGACUCUCUAGUGGAUAUUUUAAGCAAAGCUCAGACUGCGCUACAGGAUGAGAUGACAACUCUCCGCAUAGAAGGGUUUGUGGGAAUUGCAUAUCUUGCUGCCCUCUUUACUGGCCUUUGUCAAGAUGACGUCCUCCUACUAGUCGAGAAUGAAGUCAUAUUCCAGGGGCUAAGACGCUCAAUUAUCAUCUCGGUGGUUCAUGGGAAGAAGAUUUUGGAAACCUCGCUAGAAAUUUCCUUUAAUUUGUGUAAGCAGAUUGUUCAGUUGAGGCAUGGUGAUUUUUUAGGUCGUCUAGGGGCAAUGUCAGGAUUUGAUCGCUUAAGCUUCUCAACUAUGGAAACGGGGAAAAAAAGGUGUCUCGGAGCCAUGGUCAUCCUUCCCUUGUCACAGCAGGUAACACAGAAUGACGAAAGGGAGCCUAGUCUCUAUUUGUCUGGGAAAUCUCUUCAUGGCUAUCAUUCUCACUUUUAUGGCGCCCGAUUUCCCUGGGAAUUUCUGCAGGAGCCGAAUACUACGUCCGAGAGCAACCUGGAUUGCUCUUUGGGGUCGAUCUAG